UUGAAGCUUCACAAUCUCCAUCAUCUUCAACAGUUCAGUGCAACUUUAACAGAUAGAGACGGUGACAUCAUCAUGCUGGUUUUCCUCUUCCUGUUGGGCCUGGCUCUGGGUGCUGUGUCUUCUUCAGAUGACCCUCCAAUGGAGCUACAACAAGACACCUGUCCCUCCUUCUGGUUCUCCUUCAACGGCCGCUGCUACAAGUACUUCAACACAAAGACGACCUGGGCUGAUGCAGAGUUCUACUGUGUGUCCCAGGGAGGCAACCUGGUGUCUAUCCACAGCAGAGAGGAAGAGGAUUUUGUCAAAUUCCUGAUCAAAAGCUCUGACCCUGCUGAGGGAGCAACAUGGAUCGGACUCCAUGACAUCGCCAAAGAAGGAAGAUGGAUGUGGUCUGAUGGGUGUGCAGCCAAGUAUUUCUUUUGGUAUAGAGGACAACCAAACAACAAACGAGGUGAAGACUGUGUACUCAACAACUGGUGGGGGAAGUGGAACGAUGCGCCUUGUUCAAAAACUUUUCCCUCAGUUUGUGCAUCUCGCACAACUUGUCCUUAGCAAAGAUGUUACGUGUUCUCCUGUUUUGUUAACAUGAUAACAAUAAAGACACAGAUAUUAACUUGUAUAUGUGUGUGAACAGAA